AUGCUAGUCGUUACGGCUCUGCUCCAUGGUCUGGUGGCGCUGCUCGCGUCCGCCGAGACAGGCACGAGGUCGCAGACGCCGGAACCACCCCUGGCCUGGGACCUAUCGAAGCCGUUGAACGGAUUCACGUUUCAGCGGGCAAAAGCUUUGUCUUCUCCGAGCAACGAUGGGCGUACAACCCGCUUCUCUAGGCUUGUGGGCAUCAAGGGACAGUCGAGCAACGCCCUUGCAGUCUCUGGCCUGGGAAGCAUGCUUCGGACACCACCAUCGCACGGCCAGCAUACAUAUCAGAACAUCAGCACUGCGGGCAACUUCUCCACACAAUACGCCAUCGAGUGCGGCUGGGACGGCGUGCCGGUGUGGCUGAUUCUAGAUACCGGUAGUUCUGACACAUGGACCGUCGAGGAGAGCUUUGAGUGUCAUGACGGUCGAGGGGCUAAACACGGACAGGAAGAGUGCGGGUUCGGACGGCCUCACAUCAAGUCUUUCCGCGGUGGUCCGAUUGACGGCCUGCAUUUCCAUCUGAAAUACGGCUCCGGAGAGAAAGUAUCUGGCCCGAUGGGCUACUCUGAUAUUGCCUGCGGCGGAAUCUCCGUCUCUGGCCAGCAAGCUGGUCUUGCAAACUACACAUACUGGCAUGGGAACAACAUGACUGUUGGCAUACUUGGCCUUGCUUACCCAGCCCUCACGAGCGCCUACUACGGAGAGACUGGGCACGAGGCGGCUUGGAACGCCAUCCAAUACGUCCCUUUCCUUACAAACGCAAUCAUGCAAGGAAGCAUGGACCCUGUCUUCAGCGUAGCGCUGCUGAAAAACUCAUCCGAUGGCAUAAUUGGCUGGGGAGGUCUACCACCUGUCAAGGCAGACACGAGCAACUACGCUGCAACCGACCUCAUCGUGGCAAAUCUCAUUGGAUCGGCCGAAACAUCGUGGAGAUAUUCCUUCUACACCAUCAUACCGGAUGGAGUGAAGUGGGGACAGAUGAGUGACACGACCAGAUACCCAUACAUAGUUGACACUGGGACGACCAUGAACUAUCUUCCACCACCCUUGGCCGAGGCGGUGGCCGCGGCUUUCCAGCCUCGUGCCGUGUACAUGUACCAGUGGGGUUCCUAUUUUGCGCCCUGCAAUGCAAUACCUCCCAGGUUUGCCAUGGUCAUCUCGGGGGUUGAAUUCUGGAUCAAUCCUGCGGAUAUGAUGUACCGCGACCUGAUCGAUCCUGCAACGGGCUACUGCGCCGUCGCCAUCGCCAGUGGGGGGUCAGGGCCGUACAUUCUGGGAGAUGUCUUUCUCCAAAACGUAGUGGCUGUGUUUGACGUGGGAGGAGCGCAAAUGCGCUUCUAUGCCAGGGUUUAG